AUGCUUCAGGAUGUUGGAGGGCCCGUCCCUCCGAACACAGACCAUGCAGUCAGCGUGUCACUUCCGACAUGGGAAGCAAACGUGGCUUAUGAAGAAGGUGCUGAGUGGCUCGCAAAGAAGAUGCAAUGUGGUUAUCCGAGGUUCUUCGUUCAUCCCAUAAUCCAGAAUCUUGCUCGAGAAGUUGUACGUCGCCAGGGUGACCCCGAAACCGAGUUGGCUACUCUAUUUCCGUCGCCAAAGACCGCGAAUGUGUGCCAUUCGUUUGUUUUAUCGAGGAUACGUUCAGAAGAAUCAUCGAGAGUGCGAAUUGUGAACUUCGUCCCGUGCACCCGCACUGAUGCCGAGUCUCCCGCAGUGACAUCGCUCCUCUCGUGCGUGAUAUAUCCCAAAGAGUAUGCGUCAAUCGCCAAGCAAGUAUGGCAACACACUGGCAAUGGAGUGUCAAGCCGCCGUGGCGAGUUUUGUCUCAAGGCCCUGGAAGAUAACUUUCUUGUGGAGGAGAGCAGGUCAGCUAUGGCCGACGCUGCUGCACAAAGACCCUGUAAAGGACCACGAAGAUACCAGGGUAAAGGAUCUAUCAGUGGGCUUUCUCGAGGAACCGGAGCACACUCUAUGACGCCAAGCGCAUCUCCCGCAGUUGAUGGGGCCCAAGAGGCCCAAGAUGGCCGGGAGUAUUCCCAGUUUAUUGAGGAGCGGUUUGGCCGGAACCUCAACACCUCUUUGGCCGAUCAAGCAAAGCUGGCCGUCCGCAGACGGAUAGCAGGUGUUAUGACUGCUGAUGUUGAAUUGAGCGAGGCUCUUGAGAAGGCGUCAGAUGAAGGGCGUGUGGCGGGUUUGACCGAAGACGACGUCUAUCUCUUCCCUAGCGGAAUGGGUUCAAUUUUCAAUGCCCAUAAGAUUGCGCUGGCUGCUAGAGGCGCCAUGAAGAGCAUCUGCUUCGGCUUCCCGUAUAUUGAUACGCUGAAGGUCCUUGAAAAAUGGGGCCCAGGAUGCUUAUUCUACGGGCACGGUUCGUCUGGAGACUUGGAUGAUUUGGAGUCGCGCUUGGCCAACGGCGAAAGGUUUCUCGCCCUUUUCACUGAAGUGCCUGGUAACCCGCUACUUAAAACGCCAGAUCUCAGAAGAAUACGGUCACUUGCCGACAAAUACGAGUUUCUUGUAGUGGUGGAUGAGACCGUUGGCAACUUCCUCAAUAUCAACGUGCUUCCAUACGCAGACGUCGUUGUUAGCAGCUUGACAAAAAUCUUCAGCGGGGACAGCAAUGUUAUGGGAGGAAGCGCCGUCAUCAACCCACAUGGACGCUUCUAUCAAGAUUUGAAAAAUGCGUUCAGCAAAGAAUACGAGGAUGAUUACUGGGCAGAGGACGCAGUGUUUCUUGAAAGGAACAGCCGCGACUUCCUGUCGAGAAUCGAGAAGAUUAACAAGACUUCGGAGGAUAUCACGGCAAUGUUGAAAGAAUCGCCACUAGUGAAAGAGAUUUACUAUCCCAAGUAUGGUCCUUCAAAGCCAUUCUACGAUAACGUCCGUAACCCUAACGGGGGUUACGGCGGUCUGUUUUCGGUCACUUUCCACACAACUCCCGAGGCGACUGCUUUCUUCGAUAACUUGGAAGUUAUGAAGGGACCUAGUCUUGGCACCAAUUUCACUCUUAGUUGUCCGUACACAUUGAUAGCACACUACAACGAACUGGAAUGGGCAAGCUCAUUUGGCAUCGAUUUUGACUUGGUGAGAGUAAGCGUCGGGUUAGAGGAUAUUCCGGACAUUCGUUCUAGGUUUCAACAAGCCCUAGAUGCAGUGGCUAGUGUUAAGAAGUCAUAA